GAAAGAACCCUAUGAAAAAGAACUUCUUGGGUCACAGUCUACAUUAGCUUCCACGGCCAGUCUGAACAAAUCAGAUGAAGGAGAAGAAGGGCAGACUGGGGAUCAGUGCUCAUCUGGAAUACUUUGGAAAGAACCAGAGAUCAUGUUUGAUGAAUCAGAGAACUUUACUGAAGAAAAGGUUCCAUUGCCUGAUAAAAAGGAAAUGGUUCCGGUACAGAAUUGGGUAGAACAGAAACAUGAUGCUGAUUACUACAGCAACCGCCUUCUGAAAUCCAACUUUAAGCCUUUGCUACCAGUCAAGGAUUCCAUUGCAUCAGCAAAACAGACCAUCAAGAAAAGAGAAGACGGAGAAAAAAAUCCUCAUCAGGCAAGAAAACAAAGAAAGAAAAGGCAGAGCAGCAUUUGAAACAGAACCUAAGAAAGACGACUAUGGGCCCAACUAAACCUGCAUUUCCAAAUCAAGUGCUACCAGAAAUAAGGAGGGCAGAUCAGACAAGGAUUCCCGGCUCAAAUGAUCCAAACCUGAUGAAAUCAAGUAAAGUUCAUCCUGUUGAUUAUGACUUGAAACCAAACAAGACGACUGUCAAGCAAGACCAGGAUUCUGUUGAUUCAGCCCCUACAUUACUGCAUGACCUUACACCGUCAGUCAUCACUCCUACAGACCCACUCAAGGAAACCCAGAGUCCCAGAUUUGAAGGGUUGGUAGUUACCAGACACAAUAAAGUCCAUCCACUGAAUACAAAAGGAUCUGACCUGCAGACUACUUAUACUGAUGAGAGCAUGUCUGUUUCUGAGAAGGAAAAGAGAGAUCUGAUUGAGCUUGAGGCCAGCUCUAAUAAAAAAUGUGCCAUUGAAUUGGAAGAUAAGUCUGGAACCAGCUCAGUGUGAACGACAGUUCUUUAGUUCUCAUAGCCGUGUAAAUCCUAUCAAACUUUGAAUUUCUUUCCAACUGAUUUUAUUUGCUUUAAAACUAAACAGCUUUAAUCUAUACUAUCAGAUAACCAAUCAAUAUUUUCUCUUUUUGAAAAGAUGAUUAUGAAAUGUUCAUUAAUUUUUGACAAUGUACCUAAUAAUUUUGGAGUAUUUAAAUAAACUUCAUGAAGUUCA